AGUUUGCUACACGAGGUCGUGGGAGUGAGAGCGCGGACUCUGAGUUACCGGUGUGGUGUUCAGCGCGAUGCCCAAGGCCAAGGGAAAGACCCGGAGGCAGAAGUUCGGUUACAAUGUUAACCGAAAGCGUCUUAACCGUAAUGCUAGACGGAAGGCAGCGCCGCGAAUCGAAUGCUCCCACAUUCGACAUGCCUGGGACCACGCCAAAUCAGUGCGGCAGAACCUGGCUGAGAUGGGGUUGGCAAUGGACCCCAACAAGGCGGUGCCCCUCCGUAAGAGAAAGGUCAAGGCCAUGGAGAUGGACGCAGUGGAGAGGCCUCAGGAACUUGUGCGGAAACCCUAUGUGCUAAAUGACCUGGAGGCAGAAGCCAGCCUCCCAGAAAAGAAAGGAAAUACGCUGUCUCGGGACCUCAUAGACUAUGUACGCUACAUGGUGGAGAACCAUGGGGAGGACUACAAGGCAAUGGCCCGGGAUGAGAAGAAUUACUAUCAAGACACCCCGAAACAGAUUCGGAAUAAGAUCAACGUCUAUAAGCGUUUUUACCCAGCGGAAUGGCAAGCCUUUGUUGAUUCUUUGCAGAAAAAUAAGAUGGAGGUUGAAUGACUGGUUUACUCUGCCCAGGCUGAGGCUUCCUUCUGGACCCAAGAAGCUGGAACCAGGGUUUAAGGCAAAGAAGGGUGUGUGGCUACAAAUGAGGCUAGCCAAACCCCAUGGAAUCAAAAGGUUUUCUUCUUUCUCACUCCCAUCUCUGGGGAAGGAACUGCCUCCCAGAGACUCCAAUUUCUUCUGGAGGCUCCGGGAAAAGCCAGAACCUGCUGUUUUCACAGUUGAUGGUUUGUUUGAAUAUACUCUGUACAGAAUAAAAUAAGGCUCUUUUACUUC